UAAAACGGGAAAGGACAGCUAGCAAUGAAGGAGGAGCCUCACCUACCGUCACACCCACAUCUCUUCUCUUUCAUUUCAUUUCAUUUCCUUUUCCUUUUUAGCUUCUCUUUCAUCCAUACAUAAACUCAACCCCAUUUCUCCUCUCUCUCUCUAAUGGCCUCCAUUUCAACCUGUUAGCCCUGUUUUCAGGUUCUUUAGCCUCAGAUUUCCCCCAUUUUCCCUUCUCUCUUGCUUCACAAAUUCAAGAAAAAACGGCAGAAUGAUCGGAAAUAGCUUAGUCGACGAGAUAGAUUGCGGCAGUUUCUUCGACCAUAUCGACGACCUCCUUGAUUUUCCGGUGGAGGAUGUCGACGUUGGCUUGCCGCCGGUGAAUCGCGGCGACUCGGCUAACUCAUUCCCAACCAUUUGGCCGACUCACUCCGAGUCACUACCUGGUUCUGUCUCGGUCUUCUCCGCUAAUGACAACGCCGAUUUGUCGGCCCAGCUCUCUGUUCCGUAUGAAGAUAUUGUUCAACUUGAGUGGCUAUCAAAUUUUGUGGAGGAUUCAUUCCGUGGGGGAAGCCUUUCAAUGAACAAAGAAGAGCCCAAGGACUUGACUUAUAACCAAUUCCAAACCUCUAGCCCAGUUUCUGUGCUUGAAAGCAGUAGCUCUUGCUCUAGUGACAAGAGCCUGCCGUCUCGCAGCAGCCCCGAACAGACCGUCGCCACCCCGAGUCAGCAGCGUGGCCGUGCUCGUAGCAAGCGGCCUCGCCCUGCAACCUUCAGUCCCCGGCCACCAAUUCAGCUCAUUUCCCCUGCCUCAUCCGUCACCGAAACAGCCACUCCUGAUCAACCAUUGCAGCUUGCCCCGAAAGCCCCGUCCGAUGCCGAUAACUUCGCCGAGUCCCAGCCUUUGAUCAAAAUGCCGAAGCAUGGCAGUGCGUCGGGAAUACAGAAUACCAAAAACAAGAAAAUCAAAUUGUCCUUUUCGCUCGCUCCAUUGGACGCAGCGACGGGGAACCAAAGCUCGCCAUCAUCAGUACGAAAAUGUAUGCAUUGUGAGAUAACCAAGACACCACAAUGGAGAGCAGGACCAAUGGGACCAAAAACUCUUUGUAACGCUUGCGGUGUUCGGUAUAAAUCCGGUAGACUCUUCCCUGAAUAUCGACCAGCAGCAAGUCCAACUUUCAUCCCAUCCCUGCACUCAAAUUCCCAUAAGAAGGUGCUCGAAAUGAGAAACAAGGUCGACGAGAAUACAAAUGCAAUCACCAUAAGCGUGCAACCCGAGCUCAUUCCGAACACGAAUAGCGCAAUUGCAAUGGAUUAUAUGUGAGAAGACAAAGGAAACGUCGAAUCCGAUCUAGUGCUGCUGAGCUGUGUGGUUCUUUCAUGUUUAUUUUAGGUGGUUGGUUGUCUUUGUGUACAGAGGGAACGCUUAGGAACUCAUUAGAUGACAAAGUAGAGAAAGAGGAGAAACAAAAGUUUUAAGUUUAGGUUUCAGUCUAAGUAGUGUUUGUUUAGUUUGUCUUAUGCUGUCUCUCUUCUUUCUAUUUUGCAUUCUUUUCCAAUUUCUUGGUAAUUCUUUUUGCAGUUCAUUUGUAGUCAGAUUUCUGAGCUUUUCAAGUAAUGAAAUUUCAGGUCAUUUUGCCUC